AUGACAUCGAAUGUUCUAACACUCAUGAAUACGGUAAAUUUUCUAGAUUUUCUAGUUUAAUUCAAAAAUGUUUUUCAGAUAAAUUGGAAGCCUCUUAUGAUGCAAUCCUUCAGCCUUUGGCCAAUUUUGAUUGCGUCUCUUGGAAUCCCAUUUUUAGUUCAAUGUGGAAGUAAAAAGAAAAAUGUUGGUUUGAAGAGGGUUCUAAAGAUAUCUGAAAAAUAUAUAUUUCUAGACAGAAACGAAAUCGAAGUCGACUUCUGAACAGAAACCACAAACUGUUGUAGCUGCACCUCCUCCACCGGAAGAGAAAAAGACAUCAUCGAAAAAAGAGGAAAAACCUGAAGAGAAGAAAACAUCAUCGAAAAAAGAAGAAGAAGUGAAAAAGGAAGAAGCGCCGAAAAAAGAGGAAAAGAAAGAGGAGAAGAAAGAAGAGGCGAAAGGAAAAGAUGAUUUUAAGAAACCGACAGAUGAAGCAGCGGUGGCUGGAAAGAAGGAUCCAAAUUAUCAAACACUCGUUGGUUUGGAUAAUGAUGGAGUGUUUGGAGCGGAUAAGAAUCCGAAGAAGAAAUUCAAGGCGCCUGAAAAAGUGGAGAAAGCUGACGCGAAAGAUCCGCAAUAUGAGACUUUGGUUGGAUUGGGAGAAGAGGUUUUCAAAGAGGAUGGAGGGGAGAAGAAAGAUGGGGAGAAGAAGGAAGAGGUGAAGAAGAAGGAAUUCAAACCACCAGAGAAGGUUACGAAAGCGGAUGCGAAAGAUCCACAAUAUGAGACAUUGAAUGAGGUGGAUAAGGGGAUUUUUAAUAAUGAUGGAGAGAAGAGCAAAGGGGAAAAGGAGGAGAAGAAGGAUAAAAAAUGA